UGCUGUUGUUGAGUGUGGAACAUGUAAUGGGGGAUGAAAGCCAGUGCAUAUCCGAAGAGAAUGGAGAUUGUAAAGGCUUGGAGAAAAUAAAUCUGUUGCUGGUUGGUAAGACAGGAGCUGGCAAAAGUACAACAGGAAACACCAUACUACGGCAAACAGUUUUUAAGACAAGUUCCACUGCAACGUCAGUCACAAAACAUAUUGAAGCCGCAACCUCUGAGUACAAAGGCUAUGUUUUAAAAGUUGUUGACACCCCAGGUGUUUGUGAUACGGACAUGUCUAAGGAAGAACUGACAGACAUUCUGGUCACUUCCAUGUCGGCUAGUCCUGAAGGAUAUCAUGCACUGCUACUGGUCGUACGGUACGGUUAUAGGUUUACUAAGGAGGAUGAAGGCGCUAUUGAAACACUGAAAGAUAUUUUUGGAGAAGAAACUGUAAAAAAUAACAUUAUCCUGAUUGUGAACGGAGGGGAGUCGUUUGACACCGAAGAAGAAGCACCAGACUUCAAUGAAUGGUGCUUAAAACAGACAGGUAAUUUUCGUCGUCUGCUGGAGGAAUGUAGCAGACGUGUUGUAUAUUUUGCAAAUAAAACAAAAGACAAGAAAGUGAUAGACAGGCAGAUCGAUCAGUUGAUCGAACAAAUCAGGUGGAUAAGAAAAUCAUACAGCAGCGAUGACUUGAAGAAAGCGGAAGAAAUACGCACUUUUCGAAUACAAUGUGCUAAGGCAUUUAAAAAUAUCUAUGACGAUUUUAAAAGCCUUGGAAAUUACGGCUACAGCCAAUUGUCAAAGUUGGAGCAUUUAAAGAAAGAAGCCCAGAACUUGGAAGAAAUUUUGGUAAGCAAUCUAAAAAAAGACACUAAAUUGAUAGACCAGCUGAACGACUCUAGAGAGUUGCUGAGUAACAUAAACUAUGCGGUGAACACAGCCAUAGAAAACAAACCACGAGCAGAAACUACAGCAGUUGGUAGCUCGGGUGGUUUUUGGGGAAAUCUCUUUAAGGUGGUACGAGGUAUUUUUAGAUUCUUUUUCUCUUGAAUUUUGAACAGUGUAUUCUAAUAAAUUGAUGUUACAUAUUGGAAAUAAUUUAUUUUUUAAAUGUUAUUUUUAUAUUCGAGUUUGCUCAUAUUUAGAUUAGUGUAGAUGUCCUAUAUCAUACUUAUACAACAUACAUUAUUUCACGUUUUUCUUUAUCUAGCUAUUCUAAAUUUUGAACAUUUAUCGGCUGUAAUAUUAGACAUGGAUUUUUAAAAAUAAGGUUAUAUGUAUCAAGGCAAAUGGGGCAGAUGAAGUGGAGUUCAUCUGUUUUAGUGACCUCGGUAUACAAAGCAGAGGCGUAGCGACCCUUCCCGGCGCCCGGGGACAAUCUUUUCGAUUUGCACCUCCCCUCAAAAUUUCGAUUUGCACCCCCCACUCGAGAUUUCGAUUUGCACCGCCCUCAACCUUUCAAUUUAAU